AAUGGGUUGAUUUACGCCGCUUGCAGGCAAGGAGAUCAGAUCGAAAUUCUGGCUAAAGAAGCCGAAGAGUUACGAAAAAAACUCGACCAGGAACGUCAGAAACUCAACGAUAUUCCAAUUCAACAGGCCGCUGAACGUCUGGAUCCACUGCCAAAUCUAGGUAUCAAGCAAAGACGGAUUUUAAAAGGACAUGCCGGUAAAGUGCUAUGUAUGGAUUGGUCCCUCGACAAGAGACAUAUAGUUAGCUCGUCCCAGGACGGAAAAGUUAUUGUGUGGGAUGGUUUUACAACGAAUAAGGAGCAUGCAUUGACAAUGCCAACGACGUGGGUGAUGGCGUGCGCCUACUCACCAAGCAGUCAAUUGAUAGCUUGCGGAGGAUUAGAUAAUAAGUGCAGUGUUUUCCCGUUGUCGUUCGAAGACGACAUUUUGCAAAAGAAACGUAGUGUAGCGACUCACACAAGUUAUAUGAGCUGUUGCAUGUUCCUCCGCUCAGAUAACUUAUUACUCACUGGCAGCGGUGAUUCAACGUGUGCUAUAUGGGAUGUGGAGAGUGGACAGAUGAUACAAAACUUUCAUGGCCAUACUGGAGACGUUUUCGCGAUCGACGUGCCAAAAUGUGACACUGGUAACGUAUUCAUCUCUGCAGGUGCAGACAAGCAUUCGCUCGUUUGGGACAUUCGAACAGGGCAAUGUGUACAGUCCUUCGAAGGCCACGAGGCAGACAUCAACACGGUCCGCUUCCAUCCAAAUGGUGAUGCGUUUGCAACCGGUUCAGAUGAUGCGACGUGUCGUUUAUUUGAUCUGAGAGCCGAUCGUCAAGUAUGUGUCUAUGAAAAGGAAUCUAUACUUUUCCCUGUCAACGGAGUGGACUUUAGUGUAAGCGGUCGUCUUCUUUUUGCCGGUUAUGGUGACUACCGCGUUGGUGUGUGGGAUUCACUUAAGUGUGUUCGUCAUUCCGUCCUUUACGGCCAUGAGAAUCGCAUCAGCUGUCUACGUACGAGUCCUGAUGGGACCGCAAUAUGUUCUGCCAGUUGGGAUUGCACUAUCAGGGUGAGUCUCUAG